AUGAUGGAGGUCGAGUCCUCCUACUCAGACUUCAUCUCCUGUGACCGGACAGGCCGUCGGAAUGCGGUCCCUGACAUCCAGGGAGACUCGGAGGCCGUGAGUGUGAGGAAGCUGGCUGGAGACAUGGGCGAGCUGGCGCUGGAGGGGGCAGACGGACAGGCGGGGGCAGGUGCCCCAGACAAGGAGGCUAGCAACCAGCCUGCGAGCAGUGACGGGACCACCUCAUCUUGA